AUGGGUGAUACGAAUGGACAAGUGGUAGCUGGUGGGAAUGGCUAUGGAGCUCGAUUAGAACAAUUGUAUGAGCCAACCGAUGUGUUGGUCGACAAAGAGACAGAUAGUCUCAUCAUUUGUGAUUGGGGGAAUCGACGAGUUGCCCGAUGGAAUCGUCGUAGUGACACAACUCAAGGAGAAAUUCUCCUCGACAACAUCAGUUGUUGGGGAUUGGCCAUGGAUGAUCAGAGAUAUCUCUACAUCUCUGACUGGUACAAACACGAAGUCAGACGAUAUCAAAUAGGAGACAAGCAUGGAACUCUCGUGGCUGGUGGCAAUGGUACAGGUGAUGAUCACAAUCAACUCAACUUUCCGACCUACGUCUUUGUCAAUCAACAACAGACUGUCUACGUGUCAGACCACAUCAAUCAUCGUGUGAUGAAGUGGAAUAAAGGUGCAAACGGAGGAAUUGUCGUUGCUGGGGGUCACGGGAAAGGGAAUGCUCUGACACAAUUGUUGAAACCUAACGGACUGCUAGUCGAUACGUUGGGUAAUCUCUAUGUUGCAGACUCGGACAAUCAUCGAGUGAUGCGUUGGCCUAAAGGAGCGAAACAGGGCACUGUCAUUGUGGGUGGAAAUGGUGAUGGAGCAGGAGCAAAUCAGAUUUACUAUCCCACGGGCUUAUCCUUCGAUCGUCAUGGCAGUCUCUAUGUCGUCGAUAAUAAGAAUCAUCGUGUUCAACGAUUUUCUAUCGAAUAA